AUGGGCUCGGAUGGCAGGCUCUGGUGCUACAAGAGGAAGGGGGAGAAGCUGUCCAAGCGAACUGUCAAACCUACCGUCAAGCAUGGAGGUGGUAGCGCGAUAGUUUGGGGCUGUAUGUCGAUGCAGGGUGUUGGUAGAAUGUCUAAUAUCGAUGGGAUCAUGUAUUCUGAAGACUAUGUCGACAUUUUGGACGACAAACUGCUACCAACUGUUACAGAUCAUGGACUACGACGAGGAGGGUACAUCUUCCAACAGGAUAACGACCCCAAGCAUACCUCUAGGAUGGCCAAGGAAUGGUUCAAGGAUCACAGGGUGACUGUUCUAGACUGGCCUGCGAAUUCCCCAGACCUAAAUCCUAUUGAACAUCUGUGGGUUUAUCUCAAGCAGCAAUUGAACAACUACGAACGGUUUCCCACAAGCAUGCAUGAGCUGAAUCAGAGGAUCGAAGCUGAAUGGAACAAAAUACCAAGGGAAGAAUGUAUCAAGCUGAUUGAGAGCUUGCCUAGAAGGAUUCAGCAG